UCAUCUUGUAGGGAGCCCGGAAGGCCAUCCUCGACAGAUGCCGCGAGAGGCAAUUCUCUAUGUUCAAUUGACUACCCUCAUCGAGUGUCCGGACGUCCGGUGAAUCGGUGAAUUCCUGAAUUCACCCACUCAACAAUCAACAACCAUGUCGCGGAAACCCAACGCUCUUCGCCGCCUGGCCGGCGCGCUGGCCGUCGAGUCGGAGCCGGGUCUGACCAACGCCCAGCUGAUGUUGACGAACCACGAUCUCAAACCCGUCGAGCCCGAGCGGCGCCAAUGGGGCGCCUGGAACUUCGUCGGGUUCUGGAUCGCCGACUCCUUCAACAUCAAUACCUGGAUGAUCUCGUCCUCCAUGAUCGUGGCCGGCCUGUCGUGGUGGCAGUCGUGGCUGUGCGUCUGGAUCGGCUACGCCAUUGCCGGCUGCUUCAUCUGCCUUACCGGUCGCAUCGGCGCCGUCUACCACAUCGGUUUCCCCGUCGCCAGCAGGGCGUCUUUCGGGAUCUGGGGCAGUCUCUGGCCCGUUCUCAACCGCGCCGCCAUGGCAUGUGUCUGGUACGGCGUACAAGCGUACAUUGGCGGACACUGCGUCUAUCUGAUGAUCCGGGCCAUUUGGACGAGCUGGGACCGUGACAAGAUCCCCGACACCUUCUCGGAAAGCUCCGGCACAACGACGGCCGACUACGCCUCGUUUUUCAUCUUUUGGUUCUGCUCGCUGCCCGCCAUCUGGUUCCCCGUCCACAAGAUCCGCCACCUGUUCACCGUCAAGGCCUACUUCGUGCCGUGCGCCGGCAUUGCCUUCCUCAUCUGGGCCGUCGUCCGCGCCGGCGGGGUCGGCCCCAUCGUCCGCCAACCCGCCACCAUCGAGGGCAGCGAGCUGGCCUGGGAGUUCGUCAAGGGCGUGAUGAGCUCCAUCGCCAACUUCGCGACGCUGAUCGUCAACGACCCGGACUUCUCGCGGUUCGCCACUAAGCCGCGCGACGCGCUCUGGUCGCAGCUGUUCACCAUCCCGAUCGGCUUCGCGCUGACCUCCUUCAUCGGCAUCAUCGUGUCGUCCUCGUCGUCGGUCAUCUACGGCGGCGAUCCGAUCUGGGACCCGCUGGACCUGCUGGAGCGCUUCGUGGCCGACGGCGGCUCGGCGGCGCGCUUCGGCGUCUUCGUCAUCGCGCUCGCUUUCGCGCUCGCCCAGCUCGGCACCAACAUCGCCGCCAACUCCGUCUCGGCCGGCACCGACAUGACCGCCCUGCUGCCGCGCUACCUGUCCAUCCGCCGCGGCGGCUACGUCUGCGCCGCCGUCGGCCUCGCCAUGUGCCCCUACACCCUGCUCACCUCCAGCAACAUGUUCACCACCUAUCUGUCCGCCUACAGCGUCUUCCUGUCCUCCAUCGCCGGCGUCAUCUUCGCCGACUACUACCUCGUCCGCCGCGGCUACCUCGAGGUCAAGGAGCUGUACGACGCCCGCCGCUCCGGGCCGUAUUACUUUACGUUCGGCAUCCACUGGCGCGCGUACGCGGCGUACCUCGGCGGCAUCGUGGUGAACGUGGUGGGCUUUGCCGGCGCCGUGGGCACGGAGGUGCCGAUCGGCGCGACGUACGUGUACAACCUGAACUUCUUCUGCGGGUACAUCGUCUCGGCGGGCAUGUACUGGGGGUUGUGCAAGCUGUUUCCUGUUCCGGCGACGAGCGACCGGUGGAUGGAGGUCGGGGAUGAGAUUGACGAUAUCAGGCUGGCGUAUGACAAUCAGAGCUCGAGUCUGGAGGAGGAAGGGGUCGGCAGUGCGAAGGGUAAGGGAUUUGAAGAGGCCGGGAAAACGGUCUAGAGAUGGUGGUUUUUGUUGUACGGAUACCCCAGAUAUAGUGAUGACGAGCUGCCACUUGGAACGAGAUUCAAUUUUCGCGAGGUGGCGUUCCAUAUAGACUCGGCUUAUACCUCUACAGGUUUCUGCUUGAAGCAGUGACGGUCCGGAGUCACAAGUUGUAAAGGCCCUAGCUGCCUUAUUGCCGACAAUGAGAGUU